AUGCCGUUGGACGGCCCAUACCAGUGUCGCUGGUGGUGGAUUGUUCCGGAGACGAAAAGCACGAGCAUCGUGGUGGGGACGUUGUCUAUAUACACUCUCCCAAGUACUUCGUACAGCACAGGAUUCCAACAUGGCGCAGUAGGAGGAGUGGUCAAGGGUAAACAGGGUCCAGGAAAGGAAUGUCCAGUGAUGAUGACAGGUUCUUUUCACCGUAUGCAGACGGCACCUUACCACUAUGGCCACCUAAGGAAGGAUUUCUGCAGGGAGGAGAGAGAUCUACGGAGUAUCGUCUCCAUACAGUGUCAAAAGAACUGUUCAGUGAUCCCCGAAUCGCAGCCCUCCCAGACCCCUGGCCCGUCUACCCGUCCGGCAGGUUGCAGCUCCAAAAGAGCCCUUCUCGGCAUCGAAGUCUAUCGGAGAGUUUCUAGCAGCCUGAGCAGCAGCACGCUACAGGCUCUGCCACUCCCUGGGAUUUCCCUUUACGUCUCUGUGGCCGAGCACGGAAAGCACCUCUCUUGGAGUUGGAUCAUCGUCGACACUAGCGGCUGGCUAGAAGGGGACCGGACUGUCACUCCCUCUCAUGCCAAUGGCUGCCAGACUCCACAUCUCUCAUAUCUAGUCCCGGACUGCCGGGCCUCCGUAUGCCAAAGUCACAAGUGGGACUCUGGAGAAAGGCUACUUUAGUGGUGGUAAUAAUACGGUAGAAGUACAUUCAUCGCACGCCAUAUCGUUAUGCGUUCUUUUGUCCCAUGACUCCCGUACCUCCAAGUCUCCACCAAUACGCAUAUCAAAAGUCUGUGAGGCUAUUCUUCUCACGCCCUGUCGGCUUGGGAAGUGUCCAGCCCGAACCCCCUCCCCAGCUACUCCCCGUCUACUUUGGGACCCAACCCCUGGCACUGGUUCCUACCCCUCCCUACCGAUCACAGAAGUAGACCUUCCUUCCUGGAUAGUUCCCACCAUCGGCACCUGUGCAGCGGCCCGUGUACUAAGCGUGCCUAGGCAAGCUUUAGAUAUACAUAAAGAAGGCAUCGUCGUCGUACUGCCUCACAUAUAGC